GCGUUGUUGAUUAACAUUCGGGUUGACCGUCUAAACACUGUCGAUGGGCAUGUCCCUCCCUGUUCCACUCGACGAGAAUGUCGAUGUGCAGCGCUUAGAUGAGGAGUUCGCUGGGAUUCAGCAUGCAGCGACUGCUAUUGCUGAGCACGAAAAGGAUAUUCUUCGCUCUGAGAUAUCCUGGUUAGAGAGAAGGAUAGAUGUUCACAGUCAGGUUGAUGUUGCGCAGUGGAGAUGCAGGGCUUUAGUUGCAGAGUAUGAGGUCAAGAGCUUCGUAGCGAAUACUGAUGUCACUGGUGACCUCGCUGCCAUUUCGGCGUCUCUGUUUUAUGUUGUCUCCCCGCAUCUGCUUCUUGAAAUGUCCCGCGGUAUGUGCGAGGCUUUGGUUCUGAACAUUCAGUGGGUGGGGCGCGACCUUCUUAGGCGUGUUCAGCAUGCGCAGAGCAGGGCAGCAUUGCAGUUUGCUGUGGCAAACAACGAGCUCCUUCCCUUGGUUAGGACACUGAAUCUGAGCCUGCAGAUUAAAGACGCUGAGCUUGCGCAGGUACGUGAUAGGGGCCUUCUGACACUGCCUGGGAAUAGGCAUGCGGAUUUCGAACUGGAUUUGAGGAGAUCCCAGACUCGUGAACUGUUAAUGCUCUGUGAAUUGUUUUGUGGGAUUCUGCACAACCUGGCACCCGUUGCAGAGAGAGGAACGGUUGCUGCCUUGCAUGACCAAAUCCGAUCGUUGUCUGUCCGCAAUGCUGAAUUGGAAAUUGGAAUGGCAGAGCUCACUGUUGUGUUGGCUUCGCGCGUUGACAGACGUCUUGUCCGCGUGCCAAAGCCAUUGCCCUACUGUCCCCCUGACAUCGCCGUCGAUCAUGUCGGGGCUGACGGACGCCUCAUGAGCAUGUGUAUGAAGGAUAGGCCGAGGGUGGUACGGAGUGCCACCGAAGUCGAGGUGUUGCUUAGUGCCGAGGCUAAUCGCAUGGAUAUGCUAGGCUUGGAUCCUGACUCUCCGGCUUCAGUUCCUCCACCUUCUGAGAGCCGUUUUGAGCCUCCCUCGAGCGAUGAGCUCGAGGACGAGAUCACGGAUCGACUUCAUUUCCAGGCUGCACAUUGGAGAGGGUCGCUCCCAACAAUGGAAGGACCUGUUCCUCAGCCUGUUCAUGGUAGCGCUUUCGGUGCGUGGCCGUAUCGGGAUGUGAACUAUGAUGUUCACUUCUACCCGCUACAGAGCAAAAGCCCGUCUGAUUUCGAAAUGCGGCAGGUUUCCGGCCACGAGUAUAGAGAUGCAGAUGGGCUUAGGUGGUCCCUUGAUGAGCUGCUGCAUCUCCUGUACAUCAAGCAGCAGGAGAUUGAUUUCUUGCAGCGGGCGCUUGCUGAUCAGCAGCGAGUCCACGAUGAACAGUUGGUUUCUUUGCUGCAGAAGGUUAAAAUGUCACGAAAGGAGGUGGUUCAGAUCUUGGGUGACAACCACUCCGGAAAGAAGGCGUUUGACCGUUGUGAUUUGGAGUCGACAAUUCGCCAGUUGCAGUGGGUCGGUGAGACCUUACUUUAUCGCUUGGUGCAGGCUGAGGUGCAAGCAGCACUGAAAUUCGUUGUCACUGAGCCUCAAGCUUUGUGUACAAUUGAGGUGCUCUACAGUCUGCUGACAGCUGCCAGAAGAGAAUUUGAGGAAUUCCUUGCUACCACUUUCGUGCAGCAAACUCCUGCUGGUACAUAUGACAUAACUGUCCAGCAGGCUUCUGAUAUUCACAGAUCUGCACGUGACCCUUACUCCAUCCGCAACGAUGCAGAGCUCAACGAGGAGCUCUGCCGUCAGCGCAUAGCUGAUAGAGAGUCCAAGCUUGCGAGGCUGCUGGGCCGAGGAUUCCAGGAGGGAGAUCCGAAACUUGAACGGGUGCGUGACCAAAUCGAGGAAGCCAAGGAGGAACGUCAACGAUAUCAGGACAAGGUCAAUGAAAUGCAGGCAAUAAUUGACUCUGGGCACAUUAAUGACGAUGCUGAUUACCGAAGUGAACGAGAAAUGCUCUCGGAGGGCGACACCGACACAUCUUCUUCCAUUCCAUCGGAGGAGAUCGUAACAGAUUACGCUCAUGUGCUUUCGGCUCCACUGCCACUUGCACUCACUAAACUGUCCUGGAUAUGCACCUGGUUUUUCACCAAGGUAGCAGUGCAACUUCCGUCUCCUCGACCACAACUUCCACACUUUGACCUCUUCCACUAUUCCCGGUUACGAAACAGCCGCCUCCAGCAGCUGCAGCAACGACCUGUCGCCACCCCCGAUGCCAGCUCCUCCAACACCUCCGAUCACCUCAAUGCAUUGGAGGUCGACAUCAGAGCCCUUAAGGACAGCGUGCAGCUACAGCAAACCGCCACGCAACAACUGGAGCAGCGGAUCUGUGCUGCCGCCACCAACCCGAGUUCGGCAUCGCGCGAGACGACUCCAAAGUUCGAUGGUCAGGAGAUCUUCUGCGAUUCGAUGAAGACAGACCCGAUUCCGCGGUUCCGCAAGUUUGAACUCAAGUUGCAGCUACAUCACGUCAGCAAGGACAAGAAACACGCGUACUUAUACUCCCGGUCGGGGGGCGCGUGCCAAGCAUGGUUGGACAAUCUCUUGUCCAAGUACGGGGUGGUAGCUGCCGACUUGUACACCAAGAUCAGCUGGGAUGAUCUAAAGGCGGCGUGGCAUAAGCGGUUCCAAGUAGAGCUGCCGGAGAUCAAGGCAAUGGACAAAUUGCUAACCUUCGAACAAGGCACGCUGCCAAGUGUUGACUGGAUUGCCAAGCAAAGGCAAAUCGGGAAAUUGAGCACCGUCGGGAGUGAAUCGACGGCACUCUCGACGCCUUCGAAACCGGUCGCUCCGCGGGUGACCGCCCUUCGUUCCAAGGCACAUGCGGAAGUCAAUAGUCCUCUUCUUCCUAUGCUGGGUACUCAUGCUCAAGGACAAGACGUGUGUGCGGCAUCUUCUCCGUCCGGCAGCGACGACUUAUCGUCUUCAAGUGGUUCUUCAUGGGAUUCCGCACGCGAGUUCAACAUAGAGGUCUUGGACCUGCUCACGUCGGAGGAUUUCGCAUGGCUUCCUCUCCCGACCACGGGCUGCUUGUCGGGACCGCAAUGCGUAGCAUUAUGCGCUCAUCUCCACAUGUAUCUAUCCUUCUAUGCACCACCAACUUCGCCAAAGGAUGACGAAGCUGCGGUGGGGGACAUCCUUGCGUAUGUUACCAAGGUGGCCCGCGAGUUUCGCAAGCAGCAGUACGAUGACAACAACGCACCGCUCCUCUAUGUGCGCAUCCAAGUUGGGCAAGCGUCCUGCAACGCUUUGCUGGAUAGCGGCCCGUCUCGCAACUUUAUGAGCCAAGCCUUUAUGCAAAGAGUUGGCCUUGGCGCACAAGUUCGGAGGAAGGCAAACCCGACGGCAAUCAAGUUGGCAGACGGAAGGACGCAACAACUUAUUGACCGUUACAUCGAGGUCGUACCGGUGUAUUUCGCACCUCAUGCAUGCGGACUGGUGACGUUCGACAUUUUGGACACGGACUUCAAUAUCAUUUUGGGAAUGCCUUGGCUUGCAAGUGUCGAUCACACGGUCAACUUCCACUGGCGGACUCUUACCGUCCGACACGCCUUCGGCGCCGAAGUGCCAUGUAUUAUUCCUCUUCUGCACCCUUCGAUCCCGUGCCAAGUGGUGACGGCCAAGUCGUUACGGGCUACUUGCACUUACGAGCAGCCCGACGAGAUAGGCCUAUGCUUCAUACGGACCGUCGCGAUAGCCAACUCUUCCCCCACGGACUUGUCUUCAGACCCCCGUGUGGUGCAGUUGCUUGACGAGUUCGCUAACAUCUUCGAGUCACCUACCGGUGUGGUGCCGGAUCGGCCGAUCCCUCACAAGAUCAUUCUUGAGGCCGGUGUYGUGCCGCCGAAAGGUUGCAUUUACCACAUGAGCGAGGAGGAGCUUACGGUCCUCCGCGCGCGGCUCGAUGACUUGUUGGACAAAGGCUGGAUCCGCCCUAGUAGCUCCCCAUAUGGAGCGUCAGUUCUCUUCGUACGGGAGAAGAACAAGGAUCUACGAUUGUGCAUUGACUACCGCAAGCUCAAUGCGCAAACCGUCAAGAAUGUGGGGCCUCUUCCUCGUUUUGACGAUCUCCUUGAGCGAUUGUGUGGCGCGAAGUACUUUUCUAAGUUGGAUCUGAAAUCAGGAUACCAUCAAAUUUCGAUCCAGUCGAUCGAUCGCUAUAAAUCCACGUUCAAGACACGGUACUGGCAUUUUGAGUGGGUGGUCAUGCCUUUUGGCCUCACCAAUGCCCCGACGACCUUUCAAGCAACAAUGACCAACGAGUUCCCCGCGAUGUUGGACCCGUUCGUGCUGGUCUAUUUAGACGACAUUCUCGUCUAUAGCCGGACAUUGGAGGAUCAUCUUGAGCACCUUCGACAAGUGUUGGAGACGCUUUGCCGCGACAAGUGCGAAUUUGUCCAACAAGAGUUGGAAUACUUGGGCCAUUUCGUCACACCGAAGGGCAUCAGUCCCUCGUCGGACAAGAUUCAAGCCAUCCAAGAGUGGUCGGAGCCACGGAACGUCACGGAUGUUCGUUCGUUCCUUGACCUUGCCGACUGCUACCAACGUUUUAUCAAGGGAUACUCGAAGAUCGCGGCCCACUUGACCAAGCUUCAAUGCGAGGAUCGGUCGUUCCACUUCCGGGAUGAUGCGCGGGAAUCAUUCUUGGCUCUCAAAGCCGCAUUAUUGUCCGCAGAGGUCUUGCGAAUCUACGACUCGCUAUUGCCAACGCGCGUCACUACGGAUGCGUCCGGCUAUGGCAUUGGUGUCGUCCUCGAACAACACGAUGGCAAGGAGCUCCUAGCCUUCGUCCACGCGCUCAAGCGGUCGCGGCACUUCCUCCUUGGUCGAAGUCAAUUCCGAUGGGUAACGGACAACAAUCCGUUGGUCUUCUACAAGACCCAAGACACCGUCAAUAGCAUGAUCGCCCGUUCGAUGGCUUUCAUCGACCAAUUCGACUUCUUUCCCGAUCACAUUUCAGGGAAGCCGAACCAUUUCAUGGAUGCUCUUUCAUGGCGUCCGGAUCAUUGUGCCGCAGUCUAUUCGACCUUUGAGAUCGACGACGACCUGCGGGACAGCUUCAUCCGCGACUACCAACCCGACCCCGAGUUUCUCGAGAAGUAUGCGAAUUGCUCCUCUCCUAAUCCGGCGCCUUCUCACUACCAGAUCCAAGAGGGGUACUUGCUUGUCCACACACGGGGGAAGGACCUUUUUUGCGUACCGAGUGACUCUCACUUGCGUACACGGCUUCUUGGCGAGUUCCACGAUGCUCCCGCCAUCGGACACUUUGGAGUCAAUCGAACGAUUGGCCGACUUCGCAAGCGCUUUUGGUGGUCCGGCCUUCUCGGCGACGUCACACGCUAUUGCGAGUCAAGCGAGGUUUGCCGACGCUACAAAUCCCGCAACCAUCGUCCGUACGGCGGGUUGCGACCAUUACCGGUCCCCUUGCGUCGGAGGGAAGCGAUUGCCAUGGACAUUACCGAGCCGUUCCCCAAGCACAAGACCAGUGUGGAUGGGAUUCUCACGGUGGUCGACCGACUCACCAAGUUCGCCAUGUUUUUGCCUUGCCGCUAUCAUGACAAGGCACCGAAGUUGGCUGAGGUUCUUUACGCCGGUUGGAUUCGAACCAAGGGUUACCCCAAGGAAAUCGUCUGCGACCGCGACACUCGAUUCAUGUCGUAUUUUUGGUUGGCACUCAUCAAACGAUGGGGCUCAUCUCUCAAGCCGAGUUCGGCUCGCCACCCCCAAACCGAUGGCCAAACGGAGAGGGCGCAUCAGACCGCACAGGUUCUCCUUCACACUCUCAUCCGUCCCGACCAAAAGGAUUGGGUUGAGCGGCUGCCGGAUGUCGAGUUAGCAUACAACUCGUCCAUCCACUCGGCUAUCGGGAUGUCGCCCUUCAAGUUCGAGCACGGCUCGCCAAUCACUUCUCCGUUGGACACAAUCAUUCCACGAGCGGUCGAGAGCGACGACCAUCUUCUUUUCUUGCGUCGGCUGCAAGAGCUACUUGUCAAGGCACGCGACCAGAUGGCUAAGACGCAGCAACGCAUGAGCCAACAAGCCAAUCGCCAGCGUCUUCCUUGUCCAUUCCGCGUCGGCGACCUCGUUUGGGUUUCCGCCGCGGAGUUCAGCCUUGAACAAGAUAUCUCUCUCAAGCUCCUCCCGAAAUGAAUGGGGCCCUGGCCGAUCGUGGCACCCGCUGGGGAUGCACCCGAAGGACCAUCCUUCGUCAUUGAGGUGCCCGCCCACUUCCCCGU